UCCAUGGAUCAUUUUAAUUUGCUCAAAGUGAUCCAAAUUUAUAUUUUAUUAUUUCAUAAAGUUCCUCAUAAUUUUUAGGAUAAUGAUAUAUCAUCCUUAUAUUUUUCUCUUAACUCUAUGAGCUAAAUUCUACGGUAUCUAAACUAAUUUGUACCGAUAAUUACCAUUUUAUUAUGUGUCUUUGCUCCUCCUCCACUUAUAAUUAUUCUGGACCUUAUCUCUCCCUCACUCACGGCACACUUCAUUCAUUCCUUUCUUCCUUACAUUUUUUUUUCUUCUUCUCCCACCGGCAGCAAACUUCCACGCCUUACUCUUCUCUCUUUCCGUUUUCAAUUUUCUUCUUGGUGCAUCCACACAACUCCCUCAUCACCGUAUAUACACACACACAAACCACAAAUAAUUAUUUGAUCUCCUUUCUCUUUUCCAUGUGGCUGGCCGUGAGCAAGGAGAAAGUGGAGAUUCCAGCACCGUUUCGUCGUUUCAUGACCGAUCGUCGCACUGACAGUUGUUACGCGUAGACCUCGAGGUUCAUUUGUGGAAACCUUGGGCUUGACUGAGCAAGCUUGUGAGCGCGACUUACACCGUGAUUCUGGAUGAACUAGAGUUUCUAUGACUGUUUUUCUAUAACAGAUUGAAUAUGGAGCUAGAAAUAUCGAAAUAAGGCCCAUAAUAUGUCGUUGGAAAGCUAACUCGAAGACCUACAACUUUCAUGUUCAGCACAAUUGAAGAACAAGACUCUAACAUGGUCAAAAUGGCCUUGCAAAGUUGCUGUCGCUAAUCCUGCGAGUCUGGCACAGUCUGCACUAAAAUGAUCAUAUCUUGGGCUACAGAACUCCGAAUUAGGGAAUUGAUAAGGAAGAAUUAAUCUUUUGUAACCAAUGAAGGUUUGUUGCACUUGAAUGUUAUAAUCUGAUGACUAACGUUUUCUCUCUUCUGUCUAGUCUAUUUAGUUAUUGCUUUGUUACUUUUCAAUCCAAUCAAUCAACCCCCUUUUAGGUUUCUUGUUAUACUCUAAUAUCAAUUAAUAAUUUAUCAAGUCCUUGUGAGAUCGAUCCUGGUGUUAACACCUUGUACUGCAUUCAAAGCAGAAUACUUUGGCACGCACCCGCGACAGUGCGUUCGUCAAAUUGGCGCCGUUGCCGGGGACUUCGGUGAUUAUUAAUUGUUCUUAGAGUAUUUUUUUUCGUUUUUAUUUUUAUAUUUUAUAUUUUUAUUUUCGUUUUUAUUUAAAAAAAAGAAAGAAAAAAAAACCAGCGGUUACUAUUUGAUUUUAUUUUAUUUAUUAGAUUAUAGGUUGUUUUUGGUUUUAUAUCUUUUCUUUUAUAUCUAUGUCAUAUCUUUUAUCUCAAUCUCAUAUCUUUUAAUUCUCUUUUCUAUCCUUUAUUUUUUUAUAUCACUAUCUUCUUUCUUCUUUCUAUAUCUUUUCUCUCUUUUAUUUUAUUUUGCUAUCUUUUUUAUCUUCUUUCCAUUUAAUAUUAUUCUUAUUCUUAUUACUAUUUGUUUUGUUUCCGUAUACUAACUUUAGUUUUUUUUCGUUUCAGAGAUAAUUACGUUUUUUGUUUUAGAUUUUUUUCUUUUUUUUAUUUUCAUUACUAACGUUUUUUUUUUCUCUUUUUCACUAACAUUUUUUUUUUUCCUUUUUUUUUUUAUUAUCUUUGUUUGUGGUGAAAUUUUUUUUGAAAGUAAGGGAACAAGUGUUGGUUUGUGGAGCUUUUGCAGUGAUGGAAGCUAAACUUGAUGAGCUAGAAGCCAAACUCGACGAGAUACAAUUUUCUGUUACACAAAUGUUGCUCAAGAGCCAUCAACAACAGUUUGAGUCACCUCAAUGUUAUCCACAAAAGAAUUUUGAAAAUAUUUGGUGUGACCCACCUUGCUAUCAUCCACAAGGGCAAUUCCAACAGCCUAUUUAUGCACCACCAUGCUACUACAUGCAAAAGGAAUUUCAAUAUCCUUUUCAUGAUCCACAUCAUUCACAAGAGGAAUUCCAUCAACCUUGGAAUGAUCCACCCCAAUUUUCGGAAGACCUUUCAAAGCAAUAUGAAGCAAACCAAGCCCAGUUUCAACAAACUCGACACGAGGAACCUUCCAUAUUGCAAGAAAUUCAAGACAUGUUGAACCAAAUGUCUGCAAAUCUCAAUGCAAAUGCUAAUCAACACCUGCAAGAUACUGCGAAUUUACAAGCUCCAGUUAACGAGCUAGUUGCACACGCUCCCACAUUGCAACAUGAAGCUGAUGCCGAGAUUGAUGAUGAAGUUAAUAAUCCUUGUGUUGAUACUCAUCUUGAUGCUAGCACAGAUGGUUCUGGUGAUGUUAAUGAGUUUCAAGUUGAUGUUGCUUCUGAUGCUAAUUCUAAUGAUGAGGACAACAAACAAGAAAUAUAUCUCCCUCUUCCACAUAGAACUUAUGAGAGUGAGAAGAUUUAUCCUAGUGAAGAAGAAAAUAAGUUGUUGGAUGAUUUCAAGAAGUGUUUUGCAGGGGAUGAAGUUAAGAAGAUGGAUGUAGAAUGUGGAUCUAAAUUAGCAAUUUUUCCACAUAAGCCGCUUUUAAUUAAUCUAGACAUUUUUGAAAAAGUCGUGCUUAUUGAAGACUCUGUUGAUUGCAAGCAAUCAAUUUCCAUAGAAGAAUAUGUUUUGAAACCUCUACCAAAGCCUCCAGACAAAGAGUUGAUUGUUGAAUGUACUGAUUUUUCAUUUACUCUUAUUUCAGGUGGUACACAUGCUUGGAAAAAGUUUUCACUCAAACUGAACAUUGUCAUGAGUCAUGCUGAAGGUGCUAGAAAACAGUUUGGGUUUGUUAAGAUUGUUGCAGAUGAGAUCCCUCCAAAGCCACCUGACUUGUGGAUUGUCGUUGUUGUGCCUCAAGACUAUGAGCUUCCCCUUAAUGCAAGGCCUCCACCGGACCCAGGUGAUAGCAGAUUCAGAGCAUUACCAGGUUUCAUGCCUCGCUAGCUCCCUUGAUCCCUGGUUUUUCCUAACCUUUCUCUUUUAUUACACUUGUCUAAUUUAUUUGAUGAUUUGUGCCUCACAUUGUGGACAAUGUGUGAUUUAAGUGUGGGGGUGAGAAUCUUAUUUAGGAGUAGUAGAACCUCAGUUAGGAUAGUUUACAAUUUCAAUUUAUUUGCUUUGUUUUUAUUGUUUUCAAUAAAAGAGUUCACACUUUUUCAAUGAGUUUUAGAGAUGCUGAGUUUGUGAGCAAUAUAACCACUUUUUUUUUUUUGUUAAGUUUCAUGUCUCUCUUGGAUGAAGUUGCUUGCAUUUUGAGUUCAUCAUUAUUUGCAUUGAAACUGAUUUGUUGGAUUCAUUGUGUUAUAUGCUUGCCAUGUGAGACUACCUUGUGAGAUUUUGGACCAAACACUUGAAUGGUAAUGUCUUUGCCAUGAUUCUCUUCUUUCUUGUGUGAUUUCCUCAUGUUUAUAUGCACUGCAGAACUUGACUUGAUUCUGACUAAAAUUGUUGUUUAUGUGUAUACAUUGAAGUGAUAAGGCAUUCUUUUUCAAUAAGCUAUUGGCCUAAAAAGCUUACCUUGCAUGUUUUAACCUUUGUUUUAACCUCUUUGAGCCUAAUAUCUCUAUUCUUUUGUAGCUCAUUACAAGCCUAAGUGAAAAACAAUGAUGAUACCUUACCUUAGAAAAUGUAAGAGCUUUGAAAUUGUCUUGGGAAUGAGUGUUCAAUAAGUGUGGGGGUGAAUUAUUUGAAUGCAUGGUCUAAGUUGCUCAAAAGAGGUACCUUCUUUGUGGAUAAAUUGUAAGCAAGCUGGAAAAAAAAUUGAAAAAAAAAAAAGAAAAAUAUGCAAAUGUCAAAAAAGAAAAAGAAAGAAAAAAAGAGAAGUUACAAAGUGAAGGAAGGUACUAAAGAAAGAAAAUGAAGUGGAAGUUGACAAAAUGAAGUUGUAAAAGGAAGAAUGUGUUAAUUCUUGGGGUUGUGAGUAAGUUUAAUUUGAAUUUUUCCCCAUUGCUCUUAUUUUUCCUAAGGUUUUAACUCUGAAUAUCUUUCAUAAAUCCUUCCUUGACCUUAGCCUCAUUACAACCUUCAAAAGUCCUUUGAUCUUUGUAUGCAUUUGUUCAAUUUAAUUGGUGUGUUAGAAUCUUGUCAAGCCUAUGAUAGAUGCAUGUUUUCAUGAGAUGAUGAGAGUUGCUUAAGCAUGAUUAAACACAAGCUCAACACUUGAGAGUAUAGAGUAUAACACUUGCAUCCAACUUUGAUGUUCAAUUUGAAAUUUCUUGUUGGCUUGGAAUGUAGGUGAUGGAAUCUAAUUUGUCUAAUCUUUGUGGAAAAUGAAGUGGUUGUUUUCUUGCUCAUAAAUCUGAAUUUCUACCUCUCAAAGAUAAGUGUGAGCUAAGUUUUUAUGUUUUAGGAAGUACUUGUUAUCAUAAUUGAUUUUCUGAAUCUUCUUUGAAGUUAAGUUUUGCCCAGGAGUGCAAAAGGUUAAGUGUGGGGGUAUUUGAUAAGCGCAUAAUUGAUGCACUUUACGUGUGUCUUUCUAAGCUUCAUUAUAUACAGUUUUGUGCUUAAUUGUUAUGACUUAGCCAUAUUUUGACCAUUAGUGCUUAUUUGGAUUAUUCAUGGAAAAGUGCUUAAUUCUACACUUUUAGUUUCUAUGACUGUUUUGCUAUAACAGAUUGAAUAUGGAGCUAGAAAUAUCGAAAUAAGGCCCAUAAUAUGUCGUUGGAAAGCUAACUCGAAGACCUACAACUUUCAUGUUCAGCACAAUUGAAGAACAAGACUCUAACAUGGUCAAAAUGGCCUUGCAAAGUUGCUGUCGCUAAUCCUGCGAGUCUGGCACAGUCUGCACUAAAAUGAUCAUAUCUUGGGCUACAGAACUCCGAAUUAGGGAAUUGAUAAGGAAGAAUUAAUCUUUUGUAACCAAUGAAGGUUUGUUGCACUUGAAUGUUAUAAUCCGAUGACUAACGUUUUCUCUCUUCUGUCUAGUCUAUUUAGUUAUUGCUUUGUUACUUUUCAAUCCAAUCAAUCAACCCCCUUUUAGGUUUCUUGUUAUACUCUAAUAUCAAUUAAUAAUUUAUCAAGUCCUUGUGAGAUCGAUCCUGGUUUUAACACCUUGUACUGCAUUCAAAGCAGAAUACUUUGGCACGCACCCGCGACAGUGCGUUCGUCAGUGAGACUUCAUGGAAGCGUGAGAUUUCAUCGUCGUUUACCCUAGGGCAAACGGCAGGGAACAUUUGUUUAGUUAGACAUUUGUGCGUUGGGAUGACGAUACAUUGUUUGACUAACCUUAUCACCUAAUUUCAUAUGUUGAGAUUUUGAUGAUUUGAUAUUGGUGAACAUUGUUAUGUUAUUUGUUGAAUUGUUGAGAUAUUGAAUAUUGUGUUGUUACUAGAGAUUCGAUAACAUGCCAUGUAUAUACCUUAGGGUAGGCAAUGCAGAACUUAUAUGUAUAUAUACAACAUAUAUAUACCCCCUUAUUCUUCACAUGUUGCUUGUAUUAUCUAUCAUAUUCUAU